UGAUUUAAAAUGGCAAAGAUCAAUCGAUCAUCCUAAAUCGAAUGAUUAGAGCCAUUUCAAGUAAUCAAUCGAAUAGUGUAUUUAGCUAAAAUAGAAAAAAUGCGUAGUUUUUCCAUAACAUUGUUUCUAUUAUUAUCGAUAAUAGUGACAAAUCAUUCGAUUUAUUCAUGGCGGUUAUUAUUUGGACGUCCACUGAAUAAACAUGGAUUAUUGGGUUUACCAUCACCGAGUAAUCAUUCGGCAACUGAAUCAUCAUCAUCGAACGUUCGAGAAGAAUGGUUUGAACAAAAACUAGAUCAUUUUGAUCCAACCAAUUUGAUGACGUGGAAACAACGAUAUUUUAUCAAUGAUCAACGAUUUAAUCGAAGCAAUGGUUCACCAAUAUUCUUACAACUUGGUGGUGAAGGUGAAGCAAAUCCAAUUUGGUUGAAAUAUGGACAAAUUGCAACAAAUUAUGGUCCACAUUAUCAAGCAUUACAAAUACUUUUGGAACAUCGUUAUUAUGGUCAAUCACGACCGACCAAAAAUAUGUCCACCGAAAAUCUUCGAUAUUUGACCAGUGAACAAGCACUGCAAGAUGCAGCAAAUUUUAUAGAAUUUAUUAAUGAUAAAUAUGGAUUAACCAAUGGUCAUAAUAAAUGGAUCGUAUUUGGUGGUUCAUAUUCAGGUUCAUUGGCAGCAUGGUUCCGUAUGAAAUAUCCACAUUUAGUGGCCGGUGCUAUUGCAUCUAGCGCACCAGUACAGGCUGUACUUGAUUUUAAAGAUUAUAUUCGUGUUGUCGAUAAAUCAUUAGGUGAACAAUGUGUACGAGAAAUCCAAUCGGCCACCAAUGAUCUAACCAGAUUGAUAAAAUCACCUAAUAAUUGGCCUGAAGUCGGAAAGAAAUUCAUGCUCUGUACACCAUUUGAUGGUUCAAAUCCAUUGGAUGUUUCGAAUUUUUUCGCUAAUCUUGCCGGUAAUUUUGAAGGUGUUGUUCAAUAUAACAAAGAUAAUCGUGCUUUCGAGGGUGUUCCCGGUACAAACAUUACCAUCGAUACGAUAUGUUCAGUAAUGACUGAUUUGAAUUCAAAUAUGAAUUCUAUCGAACGGAUUGCCAAAGUUAAUCAAAUUUUAUUAGAUUCUACAUUACAAAAAUGUCUAGAAUAUCGUUAUGAUGAUUAUGUUAAGAAAAUGUUGGUCGUUGAUUUUGAUAAAACUGAAGUGCCAUCCGCUCGCCAAUGGAUAUAUCAAACAUGUUCAGAAUUUGGUUUCUAUCAAACAUCCGAUCUUGAUGAUCAACCAUUUGGACGUUAUUUUCCGAUCAAAUUUUUCACACAACAAUGUAUGGACAUUUAUGGUGCAGAAUUUAAUAAGAAUUUUAUUGAAAAUUCCAUUGAUUUUACUAAUAAUUAUUAUGGCGGUUUCAAUCUGACUGUUUCAAAUGUUAUGUUCAUUAAUGGCCGUAUUGAUCCAUGGCAUGCAUUGGGUGUAUUACACGAUAUCAAUCCAACGGCUAGAGCAUUCGUUAUGAAAGAAACUGCUCAUUGUGCCGAUAUGUAUCCAGAUUCAGAACAGGAUCCAUUGUCAUUAAAAUCAACAAGAAAUAUGAUCAAAAAAAUGAUUGGAAAAUUUAUUGAAAAUUGAAAUUAAUCAAAAUUUUAAAAAAAAUUAAA